CGCUCCAAUAGGCUCUGCUUACUUUUGGAUUUCCUGGCAAAACAGAAAAAUGUCGGAAACCGCUCCUGUUGCUCCUGCUGCUCCCGCACCUGCGGAGAAAACACCUGUGAAGAAAAAGGUGAAGAAGGCGGGCUCAGCUGCUGGCAAGCGCAAGGCAUCCGGGCCCCCGGUGUCCGAGCUCAUCACCAAGGCUGUGGCCGCCUCCAAAGAGCGCAGCGGGGUCUCUCUGGCCGCGCUCAAGAAGGCGCUGGCGGCCGCCGGCUACGAUGUGGAGAAGAACAACAGCCGCAUCAAGCUGGGGCUCAAGAGCCUGGUGAGCAAGGGCACCCUGGUCCAGACCAAGGGCACCGGCGCCUCCGGCUCCUUCAAGCUCAACAAGAAGGCGGCUUCCGGGGAAGCCAAGCCCAAGCCUAAGAAGGCGGGCGCGGCCAAACCGAAGAAAGCAGCAGUAGCCGCCAAGAAGCCCAAGAAGACCGGCACUGCCACCCCUAAGAAGAGUGUCAAAAAGACCCCGAAGAAGGCGAAGAAGCCAGCAGCCGCUGCUGGGGCUAAGAAGGUGGCCAAGAGUCCCAAGAAGGUGAAAGCGGCCAAACCCAAAAAAGCUGCCAAGAGCCCUGCAAAGGCAAAAGCUGCAAAGCCCAAGACCUCUAAGCCCAAGUCGACGAAGCCAAAGGUUGCGAAGGCGAAAAAGGCUGCCCCUAAGAAGAAGUAAACGUUCUGCCGGAGCGUUCUUCAAAAAUCUCAAAGGCUCUUUUCAGAGCCACCCAGAGCUAUCAUUGAAAAGGGCUGAGCCGUCGUUGUGCCAGGAUGGAACUAAACUUGAGUAAGCAUUUUUAAUUUUUUGAAACUGGCGCUCUGCAUUUUAUUGGCUAGCUGCGUUUUUUUUUUUUUUUUGCACUGUGAGCUCUAGGCGCAU